AUGGGUCUUUUCCAAAAUAAGAACAUAUCCGCAACACAAACAGACCAACCUGUUUCUCACAGCGGUCUUGCACUUCAACUAGCUCCGAUCGACUUCAAAUGGUGUAUAACAAAAACAACUUUUCGACAGAACGUCAUCGACAAGAAUCAAAAGAUCACAAACUAUCCAGCUUCUCCAUCGAAAACAAAAACCCACCAUUUCCUUACAGUCACUGGUGAAACCAAAGAGAUUGGACACGCUAUAGUGGAGGAGUUGGCUGGAUUUGGUGCAACUGUUCAUUUUACUGCCCGAAAUGAAAAUGAUAUUGCGCAGUGCUUGCGAAAUUGGAGAGAAAAAGGUUACAACGUAACUGGUUCAGUCAGUGAUGCUUCGGCUCCAGCAGAUAGAGAGAAGUUAAUCAAUACUAUUUCAUCUAUCUUUGGGGGCAAACUCAACAUCGUUGUUAUCAAUGUCGGAUUAAGUAUGUACAAGGAUAUCGUUGAUUACACAGAUGAGGAUAGCGAAAAACUUAUGGGUACUAACUGGGUCUCUAGAUGCCAUUUAUCAAAAAAUGCACACCCUCUCUUGAAAGCCUCUGGUUCUGGAAGCAUCGUCUUCAUUACAUCUGUUGCUGGCGUUGUUGCUGCACGGUUGGUGUCUACUUAUGCUGCAUGUAAUGGAGCCAUUCAUCAAAUCACUAAGAACCUUGCUUGUGAAUGGGCGAAAGAUAAGAUUCGGGUGAAUAGCGUCGCACCAUGGUAUAUUAAAACUUGGCUUGCAGAUCAGGAUCUGCAAGUAGAAGGGGUGGAAGACUAUGUUAAAGCUAGAACUUCUAUGAGGCGUAUCGGGAACCAACAUGAGGUUUCAUCUCUUGUGGCAUUCUUAUGCCUCCCUAGUGCUUCAUACAUCACUGGCCAAGUCAUUUGUGUCGAUGGUGGAUUUACCGUUAAUGGUUUCUUCCCUACACAAGAUUAA